CGCGCUCAUCCUAGCUUGUCAGGAGAGAUAAUUGACAAGGAAGUCGUCGAAUAAUCUGCUGCUGUAGGCGGGAUGAAUAUCCUGCCUCGCUGUUCCUACGCUCGCUCUGUCUCUGCCGCUGCUUUUUUUUUUGCUACACUCUCCAGUCUCCCCGGUGGCGUGUUGUGUCACGAGAAGUGAACGUCCAUAUCUGCGUUCGUUCACAGACGUGCAGGAUAGUUCCUGAAACGAGAGUGAGUCGACGAAACAGAAACGUUGAUUCGGGAUCUGUGAAGUCUCUUCAUGGCAGUCAGAAGGGGACACAUUAGAUACUUAAAAGAGGUGCAUGACAUGUCUAACGGUUACGAAGACCACAUGGCGGAUGAGGGCAAGGAUGCCAGGACAAACCUCAUUGUCAAUUACCUGCCGCAGAACAUGACCCAAGACGAACUCCGCAGCCUCUUCAGCAGUAUUGGGGAGGUGGAGUCCGCCAAGCUCAUCCGCGACAAAGUGGCAGGUAUGUCGUCAUCUCCCCAUGCACUGCAGUCCUCCUCGGGCCACAGUUUAGGGUACGGAUUUGUUAACUAUCUUAACCCUAGUGAUGCAGAAAGGGCAAUCAAUACUCUCAAUGGGCUGAGACUACAAUCUAAAACUAUCAAGGUGUCUUACGCCCGACCAAGCUCAGACACCAUAAAAGACGCCAACCUGUACAUUAGCGGCCUGCCCAAAAAUAUGACGCAGAAAGACGUCGAAGACAUGUUUGCACGAUACGGUCGAAUCAUUAACUCCCGAGUACUGGUGGACCAAGGAACAGGUGACCAAGAAACAGGUUUGUCACGGGGCGUGGCAUUCAUCCGCUUCGACAAGAGGGCAGAGGCUGAAGACGCCAUCAAGGGCCUGAAUGGCCAGAAGCCACCCGGUGCCGCGGAACCCAUCACGGUCAAGUUCGCCGCCAACCCAAACCAGGCCAAGAACUCGCAAAUCAUCUCGCAGAUCUACCACGCACAGUCCCGACGCUUUGGCGGCCCCGUGCAUCACCAACAGCAGAGGUUCAGGUUCUCGCCGAUGAGCGUGGACCACAUGAGCGGGAUCUCUGGCGUGAACGUGCCGGGCAACUCCUCCUCGGGCUGGUGCAUCUUCAUCUACAACCUGGGCCAGGACGCGGACGAGGGCAUCCUCUGGCAGAUGUUUGGCCCCUUCGGCGCUGUCACCAACGUCAAGGUCAUCCGAGACUUCAACACCAACAAGUGCAAAGGCUUCGGCUUCGUCACCAUGACCAACUAUGAGGAGGCAGCUAUGGCCAUCGCUAGCCUGAACGGCUACCGCCUUGGGGACAAAAUCUUACAGGUGUCUUUUAAAACCAACAAGUCUCACAAGUAAACAAAAACGGCCAGCCCCACCCCCCUCCCUCCCUCCCUCCCCACCGAUGAAGGAGCGAUAUCUCAGUUUUUCAGCCUAAAAGAUUGGCACUGUUAAACUGCUAAUGAUUUUUUUUUCUUUUCUUUUUUUAGUGUGUGUGUAAUCCACUCCGUACAUAUUCAAGUUUGACAAUAUUCCUAAAAGUUCAAUGGAAAGUAGACACGUUUCGACCGGUCAGAUGAUGUGACAAAUGUUUUUAACUGUUCUGCAUCUCCGAAAUUAUUGUAGACCAACUCCGUAGUUCACAAAACAAACAUGUAAGUGUUAGUCUGAUAAUAUAUCACAAUGUGCCAUAUUUUGUGGACUACAAACGUAGGGCAUGCUGUGGAAGGCAUGCUGUGUUUUAAGACUCUUAGCCAGUGUCCACAGCACCGUGGCAAUUUUAUUGUGAGUCCAAGAUAGUUUGGAAAAAAAACAAGAUGCCUUAUUCUUGCGAUUUUACUCCCCCGCCCCACCUCCACCCCUCCUCUGCCUGUUGCCUCUCCACAGCACUUCUUCACAGAGGUUAUACUAAGAAGCUGGUCCAGGAGUAAACCAGAUUAAGUUAAGAGGUAAAUCAUCUAAUAGAAGAGCCAAAAGUCCUCAUUUGUCAUCUAAUAGAAGAGCCUGUAGUCUUCAUUUUUUUUAAGUAAAUGAGGACUCCGGGCUCUUCUAUUAAAUGAUUUACCUCUUAACUUAACCUGGCUUACUCCUGUACCAGCUUCUUGGUGUAGGCCCCCUGAUGAAGAGGAUGUGCUGUUGGUCUGAGGGAGGCAGGCAGCGAGUAGGGCCCCUUAUCCCCGAUAAUGUCAGCAUCAGCGUUUUUAAGUGUAGCUUUUUGAAAUUUCAGCAAUUUUAAAAAGAGCUUAAAGUAGAAGAACUGCAUGGUCAACACGAGGGGGUAUAGUGUGUACUAUUGUAUAUUUCUUGAGUGAUGGGGAUUAUGAAAGGGACCCUGAGAAAAGACACUAAGUAAAGAAGGACCAAAGAAAUCGAUUGAAGGUGUCAUUUCCCUCUCACAGAGAAAAAAAAACAAGUGAGGCAUGAAAGCAGAUCCUUCCUAAAAACUUAUUGGAAUAUCUGGAUACAAGGUACUAAAUAAUAUCUGUUAAAAUAUGUUCUGUUGUGAAAUGUUUGCUUUUUGUCUGAUUUUAGGUUUAUUUCAUUUAUAUGCCAGAGGGGAAGUCGAUGUAGUUUCUUCUUUUUCCGUUUUUAAUUGAAAUUAUGAAAUGUGGAAAAGACUGUUUCAUUUUUUUUCUUAUUUUCUCUACUAAUCCCUCACUCACUUAGCGACUGCCUUGUCAGUUUAAUGAUCCCACCUCCCCCUUUUUUGUUUGCUUUUGUGGUUUUCCUUUGUUUUGAUUGUUUCUCUUGGCAUUUGCUAUCAUUAAAUUUCAUUUUGUUUUGGUGAAAUUUUUGUUUUCGUUUCCUUUUUUUAAAACGUCUUUGAUUUAAUCUAUCCCAGUUUUUGUCAGUGUAGGUCGAACAGAGAUGGAGUGCUUGGAACAGAUUUUCUUUUUUUUGAGGCGUUCAGACUGCGGCCUAGACUAGUUUGGUUUACUGUUCAGCGUGAGGUUAUACUUGAUACUUGCUGGUGAACCAAAUGGAUUUUGGGUUUUAUGUUAAACCAGCGCAGCAGCAGUGGGUAUGAUUUUAUGGGCCCUUGAAUGUUACAGGACAAGAACCUCCUCGUGGGAACCCUUUUAUCACGCUUCUUCCUGGCGUGCUUGAAGUGGUCUCAGUUAGCGCUCUGUUAAACUUUGCUUGCCUGUUUUUAUCUCUUACUAUAUGUACAAAUCUACCCUGACUUUCUUAAAUAAACUUUUUUGGGCCUAAAACUGAGGGUGUUGCUUAGUGAGUACGUUGGGGGGAAUACUUUGGUAUUGUGUUCUAUAGAGAGGUUGGAGUGGUCUCCUCCAAGGUGGCUUUAUAGCAUUUUUAAUAUCUAGGAGAGGACACUGAACAGUUUACGUUACUGUAUACAAGGGAACAUGGUGGCCUUUUUAAACACAGAAGACCUUUUUCAGGCAAGUUCUUUUUUGUCAAGUUUGGUUACCUUGUACUAGAAUUCUUGUGGUGAAACCUGGGUCUAUUCCUUAUUUUUUUGGUAACAUUUAAGCCAUGGAUGGAAAUGCCCAAAUAUUAAUGGUUCUGGUCAAGCAGAUUGGAAGUGGUAUAAUUCUUGGGUGCUGCCAUAUUCACCCACGGUAUGGUAGAAGUAUUUAUUAUUGGAAAGGGGUACCCCAGAUGUGCUGAGAUGGUGCCCUUUGUGGAGAGAAUCCUCCCCUAACCCCCCUCUCCUCAGACAUUAUUUCUGUCUGUCAAGAAUAUAGUGCUGCUUCUGCCAAGUAAGCAGAAAACCAAGGUUUGUACAGAUUUGAUUACCUUGUAUUUGUUUUGUCUUGAAGUUUGCAUUGGGAGAGUACUGUUGUAAUCAGCUUGAUUUUUACACUCAGACACCAUGAGGUGAAACGCAGCGGUGCGCUGCACGCCUUUUCCUGCUCCGAGGUCUUAACAGCGCCCUCUGGUGGUCAGAUGGACAGCAUCCACACUUCGAUCUUAGCCUCAAUGUUCAAGUUGUUUCCUCAAACCUGUUUACCACCUCAUUUAAGUUCACAUGUGAAAUCAUGCCUUUUUAAAUGUCAUCUGUCAUUGUGUAAUAGUGAUAACGAAUACAAUUUAAACCAUUCUGUAAGCCCUUAUUUUAUGUAAAACAAAGGAGAAGGAUUGUGGAGACGAACCUCAACAGUUAAACAGGAAGACGCACAACUUAUUUAUUUCACCCAUUGUGUGUGAGUGUGUGUGUGGUUUUACUUGUUUGUAUCUGCUCUUCUUUUCAUUUACUUCACUGUUGAAUUAUUUGAAGUCUGUUUUUGCAUCUGUAGUAUAAGAUAUCUGUGGAGAGGUAUUGUCUGAUGGAUUUGUUUAAAUAAAAAGUUGGCGUGAGGAGUGUCCUACUCCUGGUCAGGAUUGAAAUGA